AUGAAGACCAGGUCGGUAGUAAUUCGAGGUAUUGCUAUUUUCACUGUCGGAAUUAUAGCAUGGAUGGCUUAUGCGUCUCUAAAAAUCAGACGCAACGACACAGCAGUUGAUGAGCAUGCUAAGGAGACGGGUCUUACAAAGGGAGAGACAGUAAUGAUUGGCAAGGACAAAUAUGAAAAAACUGAAGAGCAAACUUUCCCCAACAUUAUUGAAAUUAGUGAAGCUAAUUUGCAAGCCAAAGCGUCUCCGGGGAAAGCCGAAACUAGUGGGAGAAAUACUGAAGCAACUUGGAAUAUCUCCAAAACCAAGCCUUUACCAAAAACGAGGACAUCGUUCUUGCCAAAAACAACAGUGGAAGCAGAAACGCUGAAAAAUUGUAAAUCGAGAGGGUUCGCAGAAAAGCUACUCAUGGAGAAAGAUCCAAAGAUGGUUCGUGAGAAACUUUCACCCAGGACGAACGCUUCAUCAAUUAAUACAUCGUGGGCAGAGACAAUUGUAAAACGGAAAGAAUUCAUACGCCGGAAAUGUGCGCUACACAAAAUCAAAACAAGCCCAUUACCAGCAGGGCGAGCUUUACAUCAGUUUUGGGUGGAUGAUAAUCACAAGUUCAUCUUCUGUGAAAUUCCUAAAGUUGGCUGUACCAACUGGAAAAGAAUCAUGCUGCUGAUGACGUGCAAAUUCAAUAAGUCUUACAUAUGGUCCCAAAAAAAGAAUGAUGUUCACCACGUAUGGUCAAACAAAGCGUUGAAAAGAUUAAAAUCAUUCACGAGCAGAUCAGACAGCGACGCCAGACUGAAAAACUACACUAAAGUUCUUAUCACGAGGCAUCCAUUCGAGAGACUGGUCUCAUUUUUCAGAGAAAAACUCGAAAGAGCAAAAAAUGAUAUUUACGACCCAAGAAUUGCAGGCUACGUUUUACGUUCUAUCCACAAAAAACGGGACGUAACACAUAAAAUGAUGAUGGAGUACAAUGUAACAUUCCCAGAAUAUAUCCAGUAUGUGAUAGAUACCAAAAUGCAUCCUGAUGUCCACUGGGGUAUUCAGCACUCCUUGUGCCACCCCUGCAGCGUCGAUUAUGAAGUCAUAGGAAGAUACGAAACCAUUGUUGAGGAUUCCAACAAUCUUUUGAAAAUGUUAGGGAUUGACGAAAUCACCUAUCCGCAAUCAGACAAUGUUGACUUUGCGAAAAAGACCAAGGAUUUGGUCUCCAAACAUUUCCAGACUCUUAAACCUUGGAUGAUCAAAGAGCUACAUACUAUGUAUAAAACUGACGCAGAUAUAUUUGGUUAUGAUCUAGAUUUAAAGUAAGAAUAAUCUGUUAAGGUCCUAGAAUGAAGCGGCGUA